UGCCCUCGGCGGGACGCGGCGCGGGCGGGCGGCCGGGCUGGUUCGGGCCGCGCCGGUUCUGGCUGCGCCGCCCCUGGCUGCGCCGCCCCGCGCAACUACAGCUGCACUGGGACGAGGAGAGAGAGGGGCCGAGAUGGUGUCGUGCGUGGGGAGCCGGACCCUGAGCAAGGACGACGUAAACUACCGCCUGCACUUCCGCAUGAUCAACGAGCAGCAGGUGGAAGACAUCACGCUGGAGUUCUUCUACCGCCCGCACACCAUCACCCUCCUCAGCUUCACCAUCCUCAGCCUCAUGGCCUUCGCCUUCACCAGGGAUGAUUCUGUACCAGAGGAUAAUAUUUGGAGAGGUAUCCUCUCUGUGAUUUUCUUCUUUCUAAUCAUCAGUGUUCUAGCUUUUCCUAAUGGACCCUUUACACGUCCUCACCCUGCUCUAUGGAGGAUGGUUUUUGGUCUCAGUGUGCUCUAUUUUCUGUUCCUGGUGUUCGUGCUCUUCCUUAACUUUGAGCAGGUAAAAGCAGUGAUGUACUGGCUGGACCCUAAUCUUCGAUAUGCCACAAGGGAAGCAGAUAUUAUGGAGUAUGCAGUGAACUGUCACGUUAUCACCUGGGAGAGAAUCCUCAGCCACUUUGAUAUAUUUGCUUUUGGACAUUUCUGGGGCUGGGCUAUGAAGGCUUUGCUGAUCCGCAGCUAUGGGCUGUGCUGGACUAUUAGCAUCACCUGGGAGCUCACUGAGCUCUUCUUCAUGCACCUUCUGCCUAAUUUUGCUGAAUGCUGGUGGGAUCAAGUCAUUUUGGACAUCCUGCUUUGUAACGGGGGUGGCAUCUGGUUGGGCAUGGUAGUUUGUCGUUUCUUGGAGAUGAGGACCUAUCACUGGGCAAGCUUCAAGGACAUUCACACAACCACAGGGAAAAUCAAAAGAGCUGUAUUACAGUUCACCCCGGCCAGCUGGACCUACGUCCGCUGGUUUGAUCCAAAGUCUUCAUUUCAGAGAGUGGCUGGAGUGUACCUUUUCAUGAUUAUUUGGCAGCUAACUGAGUUGAACACAUUCUUUUUGAAACAUAUCUUUGUGUUCCAAGCAAGCCACCCUUUAAGCUGGGGGAGAAUUCUCUUCAUAGGAAUCAUUACAGCACCCACUGUAAGGCAAUACUAUGCUUACCUCACAGAUACACAGUGCAAGAGGGUGGGAACUCAGUGCUGGGUGUUCGGGGUAAUUGCCUUCCUCGAAGCUAUUGUGUGCAUAAAGUUUGGACAAGAUCUUUUUUCCAAAACACAAAUACUGUAUGUUGUGUUUUGGCUUCUCUGUGUGGCCUUUACAACUUUCCUGUGUUUAUAUGGAAUGGUUUGGUACGCAGAGUACUACGGCCACCGAGAAAAGACCUUAUCAGAAAGUGAAGACAGUCCAUACAGUCCAGAUGCUUCCUGGCUUCAUUCUAAAUUCAGCAGAGCAGGUGCUGACAAUAGUCCACCAAAACAUUCAGUUAAUAGUGAAAGCCAUUCAUCUAGAAGGAGGAAUCGACAUUCCAAAUCAAAAGUAUCAAAUGGAAUUGGCAAGAAAUAAGAAUGGUGUCUAAAGACAUCCUACAGUUUGACCAGAAGUGACAAAGAAGAUCAGACCUGGCUCUGAAUUACCAAAUGGAAGAUCCAUUUUUUAAUUAAAGUUUAAAAAAGGAGGUGUUGAAGAGAAAGAUGAUGAAGAUGAAGCCACCAGUGUACUGCAGACCGUUGCCUGAUGACACUUGCCAUUCACUGAUGUAAAUCUAGUUUCUUCAGCAUGUGGCACCAAAAGUUCAUGAAGGGUAUACUGGAAAAAAUGUUAUUUUAUCAUAGCAGGUACUCCUUGUUUUGUGUUCAGGUGUUGCAAGCUCAUUUUUAAUAUCUCAGUUGAGGCCUUAAACCCAAAGGUUUGUAAACUGAUAGUCAGUUGGCAUAGUUGAUUGGAUUUUUUUUGUUUGGUUUAUUGUGUUGUUUUCUAGAAGAGUAUGCAACCCUUUUGACUACUCUGCCCUUCUUUCUCACUCUCACAACAAAACUUUGCCAUGCAACUGUUAGUAUUUAAAAUUUCAUAUUGCUUGCCUUUUGUUUAAAGGUUCUCUAGGCCUUAAGUCAGGGUUUUACUAGGAAAGAAAUGGGUCCAGGUUUCUUGUAAAGCAUGUGAACUUGAUCUUCAAACACAGAGGUUUUUUUGUUUUACAUUGUCCUCCUGCUUGAGUCAUACAUUUUUGAUUUUUUUGAAGUUUUUAAAAUAUAUAUAUAAAAAUCUGCUUAAUAAUAGAGGGCCGUGCUGUCUAUCCUCAGUGACAGAGGUCAUGUUAUUUCAUUGUUUUUCCUCCUCUAUUGUGGUAUGUUUUGCAUUUUCAAGUGUAAAUUUGUGUUUUUUUUCAUCUGUGCCACAUUGUGUACAAUGUUUCUUUGUACUUCCUUCUAUUUGCUUCCAUUCUAGCUGGACCCAGAAAUCCUAUUUUCAGAUGAUAUCAGAAACUGCUUUGAAGGCUCAGAUGCCCUACUGAGCUUGGUGAUAGGGCAGUUUUUUGCUGAAGUUUCUUACUAUCUCCAUAAACAUAAUUAUUUGUGAAGACUUGCUGUGGUCUUUGGUGUCUGAGAGGCAGCACGAUGUCACUGUGAUAGACCCCAUUGCUGUGUGUUUCCUAUUGUGCAUCAGAUACUCAACAGCAAAGUCACUCUUGCAGGUUUGGUUGUUUUGAUUUUUUUUGGUUUUUUUUUUGAGAGAGGAGUGGUUUACUUUUUUUCUGGGUGUUCUUUUGGGGUUUUUUAAUAUAUUAAUUGUGACAUCUAGCAAAGUGGAUAAUUCUCCAGCAGUGAAUGUAAUAAUUAAUUAAGUCAAGAGGUAAGAAAUCAUGAGCAAUCAGUUUCUGUGUUAAGUUGUCAAAAUGUUUUAGUGCCAAUUAAAUUUUGGUAUUCAAGGCAUUCAGAGGGGUAGGUAGCUUAAGCAAGGAUAAGUAAUGCCCAUUAGUUACUUAGUCUUUAUAAGAAAAUGGGAUUUCCUUUUUCUUUGACUGAUGUUACUGUGAUUUGCCACAGGCUAGGUACUAAAGAAAAAAUGCAGCAGAGACUUUAUACAAGUGUAUGAUACUGUAAAUAGAAGAAAGUAUGCUGUGUAAUCCAUCAAUUCCUAUGUGCCACAGAUUAUCAGUGUUUUCAAUGCACUUAAGUGUUGCUGCUGAGCUCCUCAGAGGCCUUUAAUUUCCUACCCUGCUUUUCAAUCAAACAUGGAGUGUACAACUUUGAAAGUAAUGUGGUAGAAGCUGCUAUAUCAUCAUUGCUGCAGUGACAUUUAUUGUAACAUGAAAAAAUAUGUUAGGAAGACUUCCAGGCUCUCCUACAACUACUUGGUUUUCAUUCAUACUGUAGCGAUUCCAUAUAUUGCCUUUGUAUUUGUAGUGUACUACACAUUGAUGAAUGUAUUUGUAGAUUUCUUUGGAUACUGAGACUUGGUACUUCUUUUAUUUCCUUGGUUAAAAACUCAGUCUGUGUAAGACUGAAGAGUGGCAUUGUAAAUUUUCUAUUGAUUCAAUACCAAAGUAAGAGGUUUGAAAUCUAAUGGUUUAGGUAUUUUAAGUACUAUGGUUUUCCAAUGUGAGAGCCUGUUUUGUACUUGCAAGUGGUAUACACUUUAACUAUGUAUACAGAGCUUACAUGUGUAAACAGAUACUGAAGUACAACAUCUACCUGCCUGUGGGGACAAGCACACGUUUUGUAAAUGCAGACCUGGUGCUCGCAUUGCUGAACUGCACCCUAAAAAUAUUGGAAAGAGAAAUAUUGAAAUGUCAUCUUGUUGGAAGCUGACUUCUGUGUACUAUUACAACAACUUGGUCUUGAAGAAAUGUUGUUUGACAACACAUUUAAAUUAUUUCCAAUUAAGUCUUUUUACUUUAAA